AUCAAAAAAAGCAAAGUAGAUUAAGUAAAAAUUCAAAAUCUAAAUCGAUUGAUGAUAAAAAUACUUCUUCUUUACUUAUAAAUAAAUAUGAAUCUAUAUAUAUAAACAUAGAUAGCAGUGAAAAUGAUAAUGAUGAAAUUUUAUAUAAUUUUUGUAACUUUGAAGAGCUUAUUCUUGCUAAAUUUAGAGACAGUAAAGAAAAGGAAAAAGAUGUUAAAUUUUCUGUAAUUGUGAAAAUUGAAGAAUUAAUCAAUAAAGAAACAUCUAAUAAUACAG